GUUUUCUGCACUUACUAAGGGAAGGUUGGUAUUCUAUCUCUUUCUGGGGAAUUCUAAUUUUCUCAGGAAACAUAUUUUUGUGAGAGUUUUGAAGAUUUGGAGAAUAGUAAAGCUUAUUUUGUGUAGACAAUGCCUCACGCUAACGGUUAUCGUGCCCGUACUCGUUACAUGUUCAAGAGAGCAUUCCGCUGCCAUGGAGUGAUUCCUCUCUCUACUUUCAUGCGCUCCUACCAUGUUGGUGACUACGUCGAUAUUGUAGCCAAUGGAGCUAGCCAUAAGGGUAUGCCUUUCAAGGGAUACCAUGGUCGCACUGGAGUCGUUUUUGAUGUGACUAAGACUGCUAUUGGCGUUGAGGUCAACAAGCAGGUGAGAAACCGCAUCAUCAAGAAGCGAAUUCACGUCAAGGUCGAGCAUGUUUUGCCUUCCAAGUGCAGAAUUCAGCACCUGAACCGUGUGAAGCAGAACGAGGCCAUCAAGGCUGAGAAGAGAGCCGAGAAGGUGUGCCUGAAGCGCAUUCCUGCCCAGCCUCGUGCUCCUCACACCGUAGUUCCCACCAAGCCUAUCAAGACGGUGUUCGUUCUUCCUUAUGAAAUUCUUGCUUAAGCUUUGGUGUCAUUCUAGUAAGAUGC